CCAGGCUUGGGUGAAUUCAGUGGUGUGUUUUAUCAAAAGAAUUGGGAUAUCAUUGGAGAGCAAUGCUUUUUGGAUUUGGAGCAGCAUCCUGGAUGGGUGAAGGAUUCUGGAGGACCAUCUCUUCUCCAGUAUUGGAAAGGGAAGAAGGACGAGAAUCUGGAAAGAUGCUUGGUUACCUCCUCUCCCAAGAGAACUUAAGAAGUGCUGCUGUUGCUUUUGUUAUCAAGGAUUGCAAAGGAAGGAUUAUGGAAGGUGUGUUUGAGUUGUGUGUUGCCUCCUCUGCUUUUGAAGCAGAAUUUUUAGCUAUGGAGCGUGUAAUGGAUUUUGGUGUCUGUAAAGAUUUACAUGAUGUUUGUUUCGAAUAUGAUUCUAAACAUCUAAUCAACUGUUUAAAUUCAAGUUCGGCACCUAACAAUUGGAGAUGCUUCUAUUCUUUUGAGAAUAUCCUCUUUAAGGGGAAUUUUUUAAGAACCUGCUUGUUUGCAUGGGUUCCUAGAGAAGCUAACAUGGUAGCAAAUUGGAUUGUUAAAGUUUUGCUUAAGGAAUUGUGUCCUCUAAAUUGGGCCGUGCGACCCCCAAUUUCUUUACUUAACUUGUUGGAGAGGGACUGCCCUUCUUUUAGAAACUGUGGUUAA